AGAGGUGGGGCUAGGAAAUGUCAUCUCAAUGGCUGCCCCCAUAGGGAGGCGUGACUGAGUGUUAGAGUGGAAGCAGCGCCGUUGUAACAAGGAAGAGCUCAAACUAUAUGACAGAGAUGAGUAUGGAGCAGCCAGAACACUUGCUGCCAGAAUGCUUCCCUCCUCUCCAUAAUGACACAUUUCUCCGUGCUGCUCGUGGUGAGGAGUGCAACCAUGUUCCAGUGUGGUGUAUGAGGCAGGCAGGGCGGUAUCUGCCAGAGUUUCGGGAGACACGCGCUGGACAGGAUUUCUUUGCGUCAUGUCGGAGCCCUGAAAUCUGCUGUGAACUCACACUGCAGCCGCUGCGGAGGUUUCCUCUUGAUGCUGCUAUCAUUUUCUCAGACAUCCUCGUGAUACCACAGGCUCUGGGAAUGGAGAUCCGGAUGGAACCUGGGAGGGGACCUGUAUUCCCUGAACCUUUACAGACCCCACAGGACCUGCACAAGCUUAGAAGCUCAGUGGAUGUAUCAGAGGAGCUGGGAUAUGUAUUUCAUGCCAUCACACUUACACGGCAUAAAAUAGAAGGAAAGGUGCCCCUGAUUGGAUUUACUGGUGCACCAUGGACUUUGAUGACCUACAUGAUAGAGGGAGGAGGAUCUAACACUAUGUCCAAAGCAAAGCGCUGGCUGUACCAACACCCCUCUGCUAGCCACCAGCUUCUGAAGCAACUCACUGAUGUCAUUGUGGAAUAUUUGGUGGGCCAGGUAGCAGCGGGUGCUCAGGCCUUGCAAGUGUUUGAGUCCCAUGCUGGCUGCCUUGGACCCCAGCAGUUCUCUGAUUUUUCUCUCCCAUAUCUUAGAGAUAUUUCCCGCAGAGUAAAACAUAAACUGAAAGCUGAGGGAUUGGAUCAGGUGCCCAUGAUUGUCUUUGCUAAAGAUGCCCACUAUGCACUGGAGGAUCUGUCCCAGUCUGGCUAUGAGGUGGUAGGAUUGGACUGGACCAUAAGACCACAGGAAGCUCGGGAACGCACGGGCAAACGAGUGACUCUUCAGGGCAAUAUGGAUCCCUGUGCUUUGUAUGCCAGCAAGGAGGAUAUUGAAAAAACUGUGAAAAAGAUGAUAGAAGGCUUUGGCCAGCGUGGGUACAUUGCAAAUCUGGGCCAUGGUUUGUACCCAGAUAUGGAUCCAGAUCACGUGGGGGCAUUUAUAUCAGCAGUGCACAAAUAUUCACAGCAAAAGGAGAAUUAAUUGGAACAAGUCUAGUAAACAUUCUGGACUGAUGUAAGAGCCAGCAGUUGAGGUGUCCAUGGGUUUGCCCUCUAAUCCUUUUUUUUGUCCUAUAUGUUUUUUGGACUGACCACUAAAGCCAAUGAUGUAAUUGAAAUACUUUGGACAUUUGGGGGGUGUGGUGGACUCCAUGAAUAUAUUUUUCACAACAAAUACAGCUAAGCCAGGGGAUGGCCAGUAUAUAUCAAGUGUUGCUCUUGUGAUAUAUCAAGUCAGUGGAACUUCGGAUAAAUAAACAGAAUAAAGUAUGGUA